AUGACCAACUUCUGCAGUAGUUCCACUGAGGGCCACAAAUGCAAUGGACUUGGACAUCCUCCGUGGCCCGGAUCUUUUGACUUUAUUUCUCGCAUUGGGAGCACAAGUCACCCGAUCUGGGACGACUUUGGCAGAGCUAUGUCGGGACAAGCUAUUUUCAUCGAAAAUCGGCGACAAUCUGUCCUCUCUACAUCGGUCCUGGGGCGGCACGAUCUUCCCAUCAUCAACUCCCAGGGCAUGGCUGCCUCGGGUGAAUGA